AUGAUAUUGGCAUCCGGUGGUUACGAUAAAUCUGUUCGUUUGUGGGGAUGUUAAGGAAGGAAAAUAAAAGGCUAAAAUGGAUGAUCAUAGCGGAUCAGUCUUAUCAGUAUGGUAUUACAUUAGCAAUAAGUAGUAGUGAUAAAUCUAUUCGUUUAUGGAAUUUUAACACUGGAUAAGAAAAAGCAUAAUUUUAAGGUUAUAGUAAUUAAGUUAAUUCAAUAUGCUUUUCUCCUGAUGGUACUCUAUUAGCAUCGAGUAGUGAUGAUUACUCUAUCUGUUUAUAGGAAAAGGUGCUGGUCAGUAUGCUUCUCUACCGAUGGUACUACAUGAUGGUACUACAUUAGCAUCUGGUAGUGCAAAUAACUCUAUUCUGUUAUGGGAUAUUAAGACUAGAAAAAAAAAAGUUAAAGUGGAUCGUCAUAAAUAUUAAGUUUUAUCAAUUUGCUUCAAUCCUGAAGAUACAAUAUUAGCAUAUAGUAAUGAUGAUACUUCUAUCUGUUUAUGGGAUGUUUAGACAGGAUAAUGAAAAGCUUAAUUAUAUGGUCAUACUAGUCAGGUAAAUUCAUUAUGCUUCUCUCCCGAUAGUGCCACAUUAGCAUCUGGUAGUGGAGAUAACUCUAUCAUUUUGUGGGACGUUGAGACAAGAUAAAAAGCCAGAUUGGAUGGUUAUAGUAACAUAAUCUGCUCAUUAUGUUUUACUCCUGAUGGUACUACCUUAUCAUCUGGUAGUAAAGAUAGCUCGAUCCGUUUAUGGGAUGUUAAGACUAAAUAAUAAAUUUAACCCUCAUGAACAAAUUAAAAAGUUGCUUUAUUAUAAUUUAAAACCCAAUUAUUUUAAAAUAAGCCUCUUUUAGAAUUUUGUAUUUAAUUAAACUAUAUUUAAGUCACCUCUAAUUUUUCUAUUCUCAUUAUUUGAAAAUCAGCAAUAUUUUAAGCACAAGAAGCCAUUAAUUUCAAAGGAUAAUUUCAGAAUCGAUCAGGCAGAGAUUUAAAAACACUUUUUAAAUAAAAAGGAAGUUUUUUUAUGGAAAAUUAAGAGAGAAGUUGAUUUGAACAUUUCUAUUUGUUGUUUUUUUUUUCAUAAAAUAAUAAACUCUUCUGCUCUUUGUUAUAUAAUUUUAAAUAAAGUUAAAAUUUUUUACAAGUAUUGUUUAAAAUCUAUGAAUUAUUAUGAAUACAAAUUUUUAUUAAGUUUAUUUUAGUUAAGAUUUCGAAAUUUUAAGUUAGAAAAAAUAAUUAUAGAAAUUAUUAAGUCAUUUAAAAACUAAAAUUCUGAAUACAUUUAACUAAGAGAAAAUUAAUCGAAUAUCAAUAAAAUUUUAUGA